AUGCGCUCGUCCCAGUCACUACUGCUUCUUCUCGUCACCCUAACAGCGAAUCACCCAUCAAUUCAAGCAUAUCCACAAUCGAAGACAACAACGACACAGUCACUAGCAACACCAACACCAACACCAACAACAACUGCAAAAGCAAUCGAAGCUUCACGAACAGAGAACUCAACUCGAGAAGUAGCAGUAGUGACAACAGAAGCUGCAGAAUCAAAUUCAUCGAUGAACGAAGAUUCCGGAAAGGAUUCCGAUAACAAGCCGGGCUGGGACGAACAAGACGAUGACGAAGACUACAGCGAUCAGUUCGACUGGGAAUGUGGCACGGACUAUUUCACGAAAUUGGUCAGCGAAUCAACAAUUGAUCGAGACUGCCCAGAACUUAAAGUGAUCAUUAACAGUUGCUGUUUGGCGCAUGAUGAUUGCUAUGAUAAGCAGUUGGGUCGAACGUUUUGCGAUGAUACUUUUUGCGCAUGCCUUGACAACGUUACCCAACCAAGCGCUGUUUGUAGCAAGGAAGAUUCACCGACAUUCUGUGAGCUUGUCAGGCACUUUGGUGAAGCACCCUAUAACGCAUCGGCGACAACACCAGCAACUACUUCAACAACAGCCAAGACCACGAUCGAGUAG